AUGGAGGUGGAUCCACGCAUUGUUUUACCCGGAGAUGUCAUUGAUGUAGAUGAAGCAUCUACCAUUGUUUUGGGUCCAGGCUUAAGACAAGAAGGUGAUCAGAUUGUCGCCAUGAAAGCAGGCAUUUUGCAACAUUUGGAGGUCGGAAACAGAUACUGGAUCGAGAGUAAUCAAAAACGAUAUAUUGCAUCCACCGGAGAGUCAGUCGUUGGCACAGUGAUUGCCAAGAUGGGAGAGUAUUUCCGUGUCGACAUUGGAACAGCACAUUCAGCCGUCCUGCCCAUGAUGGCAUUUGAAGGUGCUACCAAGCGCAACAAACCCAACUUGAAUGUACAGUCGCUUGUCUACUGCAGAGUGUCCAUGGCAAAUCCUGAUAUGGAGCCCGAGCUUGAAUGUGUCAAUCCCAGAACUGGAAAAGCAGAUGGAUUUGGUGAAUUAGUGGGUGGAUUUGUGAUUAAAUGUUCGCUGGGACUCUGUAGAAGAUUGCUCAACCCCAACACACCGAUUUUGAGUUAUUUGGGCGAACAUUUCCCCUUUGAAACAGCAGUUGGCAUGAAUGGCCGUGUAUGGAUCAACUCGGAAGAAGUGAAAAAUACAAUCUUAAUCUCCAAUGCCAUCCAAAACUCUGAAUACCUUAGUGCUGAUGAAUGCAAGCAAAUGGUGGAAGAUCUCGUAAAUAAGCUAUAG